GGUGCCUAUUAAAAGAAGACUUCCCAAAGGGUGAACAAUAAGUGCUACUCUUUACUGACCUGAUGAUGAACAAUAAUUUUCACCACAUAAUGCUUUUUUGGGUUGGAGUUCUGUUACGAGAAGUUUUUCAAGUAACAGCUGUCACUGUGGAUCCAUGUUCUGCCUACAUCAACCUGAAUGAACCAUGGAGAAACACUGAGUAUCACGUCAACCAGUCGUCCGGGGUGCCUUUUUGUGACAACCAUAUGUCCGGGGAGUGGUAUCGCUUCACAGGACUGGCGGGGGAUGCCAUGCCUACCUUCUGUAUCUCCGAGAACCACUGCGGCACCCACGCUCCGGUCUGGCUCGCCGGCAGCCACCCUCAGCUGCAGGAAGGCAUCGUCCGUUUGCAAGUGUGCGCCAGCUUCGGGGACAAUUGCUGCCAAUGGAAUGCCAGCGUGGAUGUGAAGGCCUGCACUGGAGGUUACUUUGUAUACCGUCUGCCCAGACCUCCGGUUUGCUUCCAUGUCUACUGUGGUCAUUUCUAUGAAAUCUGUGAUGACGUUCCAUGCGUCGGUGCGAGAUGUCCUGUGUCGGAAUGUCGCUGUGCUCCUGGAACCUUUCUGGGACCAGACGGACAAACAUGCAUGGAUGUGAAUGAGUGUGAGAAGGCCAACGGUGGCUGUGCAGAAAUCUGCGUCAACACCAAAGGAUCCAGACGGUGUGAGUGCAGACCAGGCCGAGUGCCGGAUGAAACCGGGCUUAACUGCCGAGAGAUGGAAGGCUGCCAUGUCAACAAUGGAGGCUGCAGUCAUUCCUGCUCAUUCUUGCAGGGCUCCUACCAGUGUCACUGUCCAAGAGGGCUGCAGUUGAGCCAUGACUCACGCACAUGUCAGGAUGUGAAUGAGUGUGAGAAGGCCAACGGUGGCUGUGCAGAAAUCUGCGUCAACACCAAAGGGUCCAGACGGUGUGAGUGCAGACCAGGUCGAGUGCUGGAUGAAACCGGGCUUAACUGCCGAGAGAUCAAAGGCUGCCAUGUCAACAAUGGAGGCUGCAGUCAUGCCUGCUCAUCAUUGCAGGACUCCUACCAGUGUCACUGUCCAAGAGGGCUGCAGUUGAGCCAUGACUCACGCACGUGUCAGGUGCCAGUAGAGUGCAACCCCAGCUCUAUUACAGUGUCAGUGCCAAAGGACAUUGUUGGAGGACUGGACCUCUUUCUUUCCAACUCAUCAUGUCGAGGAAUCUCCAAUGGCACACACAUAAACCUAAACUUCAGCCUCAAAACAUGUGGAACUGCUGUAGAGGUGACAAAUGACAAGAUUGUGGCAACCAAUCUGGUCACAGGCCUUCCCAGGGCCAAUCCGGGUAGCAGCAGGGACUUGAUAGUACGCAUUAGUAAGUUAGUGCUGCCCAUCACAUGUGAGUUCCCCAGAGAAUACCAAGUGUCCGAUGGAUACCAAGCAAGUCAGCGCAACUCUGCAUUGGAGCUGGCCGGACACAGCAAGGGAGUCUUCCCCUUCUCGCUGGAGCUCUUCAAGAACGCUGAAUUCUCGGAGUCCUACCGCGAUCCUCCUCAGCUGCGCCUCCACGACUCCCUCUUCUUCGGGGUGGAGCCCAGAGAAAGAGUGGAAGGUCUUUCUGCCCUGGUAGAGAGCUGCUUUGCAACACCAGGGCCAAAAGCUGACCAAGCCCUCAAAUAUUACCUCAUUAAAGAUGGAUGUAUCUCAGAUGAAACAGUGACUCAGUACUUAUCCAAAGAUCAGCUAUCGAAGCACUACCAGGUUCCUGUUUUCAAGUUCAUUGGCAAGGAGAACCGGCAGGUGUUUCUCCACUGUCAAGUGCUGGUGUGCAGCCUGGGAGAUUCUCGCUGCUCACAGCCUUGUAGGAGACGUGUCCGUCGCGGGGUCCCAGCUCAGGGACAUCACACAUUGAGCGGGGGCCCCAUUUUCAUCAUUCCGGAGUCCAGCAGCCGGACAGAUUCAAAUUCAGCAAAUACUCCGAUCAAAGACAUUUAAUUAACCAACAGAAUGUACCUGUCAUUACCUGUCAAGUCAUACAAGUCAACAAUGCAUUUAAAAUCAACUUUGUGAUGAAUUUACACUGUAAAAACACAACCUAUUGAAUUUACUCAAUAAAAUUGAGGUAACAAUUUACACUCAGUUUGAUAGUGUAAAGUUUAGCCAAUUGUACUUUGUAAAUAUUAUUAUUAUUAUAUUAAUAAUAUUAUCAUAAAUGCAUCAACAAUAAUAUACUCAAAUAAUUUGGGUAAAGGUUGCUUAACCUUUUGAAGCAGAUUAUAUCACUUAAUACCUCUUAAAAUUAAGUAUUAUUGACUCAUGGUUGUAGUGUAUUGUAUAUUUUACUGAAUGUUUUUUAAAAAUAAAUAUCAAUUUACCGUAAUUUUCGCACUAUAAGGUGCACCUGACGCCACCCACCAAAUGUGACACGAAAACAGCAUUUGUUCACAGAUAAGCAGCACUGGACUAUAAGCCGCAGCUGUCCUCGCUGUAUUAUGGGAUAUUUACACUAAAAUAUAUUAACCGGAAACACUUUAUUUGACAGUGGCAUCAUACGAUGGUCAGAAGACCAAAUGAACCACCAUGAAGCUUUGAACCAAUUGGCUUUAAAGCUUCAUUGCUUCAAGUGGUGCCAUAAGACUGUCAUUAUACAAUCAUAAUUAUGACAUGACACUGUCAUAGGCAUUAAUGAAUGCUUGUAACAGAUGUUAUUUAGUGUCUUCCGGCAAAUGAUCUCCAUUUUGAAUGGAUGUAAGAGUUCCGAGCUGGACAGAAAUGGAGUUAGUA